GAACACACAGAAUUUGGGGUUUAGGAAAUUGGGGGUUUUUCGUCUACAUCUUGCAGCAGCACCAGACCUGCCUCCGGCCACCUUUCUCUCUCUCUCUCAUUCGCCCUCCUUCCACGACGAGAGCACUCUCCGUUUGGAGGAUCAACGGCCUACCGCAUUUCCGAAUUGGUGUGAAACACUGUAGUAUCACAUUCGUGCAUUUGAGAACGAGAGACCGAGUUCGACGGCGAAAUAACCAGUUGAAUAUAAGUCGGUAUGGCUUUGUUGGUAUCCAGAAGGCUUUUGCGUUCAUUUGGUUCUGUAUUGGCAUCAGGCCGCUGUGAUUCUUCAAGUAAUUUAUAUCCAUCAUCAUUUCGUGCUACUUUCGAUUUUUGCGGCCAUGUUCCCGGGGAUACCUUACUUUCUGGAGAGUUGUCAGCUGUUUUCAAGCCUGGAUCAUUUUUUCUAGCAAAUCGAAGGCUUUCAACCUCCAACCCGACUCCCGAAUCAAGUGGAGGUGCCUUUCCCUCUAAUUUAUUGUCUGCAAAGCCUGUGGUUGCAUCAGAGCGUUCUAUAGGGCUCGGUCAGGACCUUGUGAUUCCAGUGACAAAUUUUCAUUAUGAAGAUAAAGGCUUCACAGUUUUGGCUGGUGAUGUUUUCGAUGUACCUAUUAGGAAGGAUAUUAUUCAUCGGGUUGUACUAUGGCAGCUAGCAAAACGACAACAGGGAACACAUUCAACAAAAACUAUUAGUGAGGUUAGUGGGACUGGGAGAAAGCCAUGGAAUCAGAAGGGUACUGGUCGAGCAAGGCACGGAACAUUGCGUGGUCCCCAGUUCAGAGGAGGAUGCACAAUGCAUGGUCCUAAGCCGCGAAGCCAUGAAAUUAAGCUGAAUAAGAAGGUUCGGCGUCUAGGACUAAAGAUUGCUCUGACAGCUCGAGCAGCAGAGGGAAAGCUUCUGGUUUUUGAAGAUUUUGAGGUCCCCACGCAUAAAACCAAGAAUAUUGUAAACUACGUCCAGCAAAUGGAGGGCUCCAAGAAAUUUUUGCUGGUGGAUGGUACUAAAACAGAGGAUGGUAAACAAAUGUUACCCGAAAAGCUCAAGUUGGCUACACAAAAUUUGCAUUAUGUGAACGUGCUGCCCGCAGUAGGUUUGAACGUCUACAGCAUCCUGCAGCAUGACACACUGGUGAUGACCCGAGCAGCUGUAAAUGAAAUUGUCAAGCGGAUGCACACUCCAAUCAACCGUUGACGUAGUAUCUAAUCGUCUGCUCCACUUCAUUACUUGUAGCUCAUAUAGGUACCGGCUUUUGUUUUUUGAAGGGGCUAAAAGAACGCCAAAAGUUUUAGCCGAAAAAUAAUGUGUUGAUUUUCGUACAGUAUGCAGAUCAAAUUAAGUGAUUGAUACGUUGAAUUCUAUGUCUUAGGUUAACUUCACCGCAAAAUUUUGUGUUGGAUAUGAAGUGAGGUUUAGAGGACAUUCAUUCAUUCCAUAGCUGUUAAAAUGUUGUGCACCUUUGCUGUUAUGAAGGUAAUGUUACAUUAUGGGGUCGCAGUCAUUUUAGAAAAUGUGUCCAAUUUUAGUAAAUGAGUUGGAUUUCUCGUU